AAUAAGCUACUGCGAAACUGUUAAUUUUGAUAGACUAUAAUUUAAGGUAACAGUUUUGUCACACGUAGUCCCCUUUAUUUUAUGGUUCAGUAAGAUCUUGCUACUACUUGUAUAGCUAGAUUUUUCGAAUUAGUGUAAUUUCCUAAUUGUGGAAAAAUAAUAGUAUAUUAUCAGAAAUUACUUUGACAUUUCUGUUAAGAGGUAUGUGUGUUGUUCGCAGUUGCUAAGCCUACUAAUCUACCGCAACAAAUACAUUUUCAUAAAGUAAAAUGCCGAAAAGACAAGCUGGUUCUGAGUUGAACCAUGAUAACUGGAAUGCUGAAGAACAGAAAGAAGAUCCUGGGACAUUUGUCCCGCUAGGUGGAGAAGCUUUGCAAAAUCGUGUUAUUAAGAGGGCGAAAAGAUCUUUGGAAAAUAGUAGCGGUUCGUCAGUAGCUAAAAGUCCUUUUGCAGCAUUUAGUGGAUUUGCUUCAUCUUAUUCAUCACAAAGUCCAUUCAGUUUCUUGAAAAAGGAUAGCAAUGCUGAUGGUGAAAAACAAGUGAGCAUUGAUUUAAAAAAACUGCAGGAAAAAGAGAAUGGUAACUCAACAGUAAAUCAAGAAGAAAAGUCUGAAGAAAGCAAGGCUGGGUCUGAAAAAGUACCUGAUAGUUCCAUAACCUCUCCAAGUAAUAAUUCUAACAUAUCUACAAAGGAGAAACCAACUAGAAGCAUUGAAUAUUACAGACAAUUGCAAAGCUUAAAUGAGAGUGUGUUAAAGUGGAUGCAGCUUCAUUUGGCAAAAAAUUCCUGUUGUGAUUUUACUCCAGUUUUUAAUGACUACAAAAAACAUUUGGACACUUUGAACCUGACAUAUCCAAUUCAUAGAAAAAAAGAAAGCUCAGUAUCGGAAGAUAAAAAUAGUGGACUUUUUAAAAAGCCUGCUGCACCAAGUGAUGGUUCACCUUCCUCUACAAAGGCCAGCAGUUUUGGUAAUACUGGGACACAUUCUACAUUCAAAUUUGGGAACAGCAUUAAGAAAGAUGAAACUGAUUAUGGAGCACAUUUUAAAUCCAAUACUACAAAUACUUCAACAUUUAGUUUUGGAAUUAAAUCCUCUCCUACUGCAACAUCCUCCAGUUCUCCUGCAGGACCUACUACUAGUUUGAAAGGUGAAGAAGGUGCUGAAGAGAAGAAACCUUUCCAAUUUUCAUUUAAUUUGAAAAAUAAUUCUAAUUCAUUACAGCCAAAUAAAUCUUUCUUUUUUGCUGCUGCGUCUGGUGAAACAGUUGAUACAAGUAAGCAGUGUUUUUUUUUUUUUUUUUUUUUUUUUUUUUUUUUUUUUAAAUAAGCAACUUUUUUAUUU